AUGGGUGAUGUCGAUGCUGAUAAUGAUAUACGUAUGCUGGAAAUAGCGACGGGUAAAGAAGCAGCGUUAGUUGGAGAAAGUUUGUACAACGACCCAGUUCUGCAAAGUUCCAGAGGACACUCCGGCAUCAUUCUGGGUAAAUCUGUAGAUCUGGUGAAGAUUCUUAAGAAGAGGAGGAUUAAUAUUGCAUGUGUGUUGAGUAAGUGGGGAGGAUCUAAGGCUAGGGAUUUGGAUAGGUACAAGCUGUGGUAUUCGGGGAAUGUGAGGCAUCGGAAUGGAUUGGGCAUCUUAGUGGAUGAGGAGCUUAGAAGGCAAGUGGUGGAGGUUAUAAGGGUGGGCUUGGAGGAGGAGGUAAAAUUGAGGUUUUGGGAAGAGUUGGACAAAGUGGUGAGGAACGUGCCUAGUUCGGAGAAGAUUGUCAUUGCAGGGGACUUCAAUGGCCACUUUAGGGUCUUACCGGGAGGAUAUGAUGAUGUGCAUGGAGGUUUUGGUUAUGGUGAUAGAAAUGGUGAGGGAGCUUCUCUAUUGGAUUUUGUGAGGGACAUUGGGCUGGUGAUACUGAAUUUGAGUUUUCUGAAGAAGGAAGAUCAUCUGAUUACUUUCUACAGAGCGAUAGCCAAGACCCAGAUUAACGUUCUACUACUUAGGAAGGGGGAUAAGGGGCUAUGCAAGGAUUGCAAAGUCAUUCUGAGUGAGCAUCUUUGA